CAGAUCAGUCAAGAGUCAGAGCAGAGCCAGCGUCGAUCGCAGUCGCAUUUGCAGUCGCAGUCGCAGUAGCAAUCGCAGUCGCAUUCGCAGUCCGGACGGAGACGCAAACGUAAACGGGAGACGGACGGAAGGCGAUGCCGUAGAUUGCGAAGCGUUUUUCGCCAAACAAACACGAAAAGUGUGCGCCACUAUUUUCAAAUCCCGCAGAGCGUCGCGAGCUGUGGCCGGCAACGGAACAGAACGAGAGAUUCCCGACAAAACUCAGUCCCAAAUUCACAGCAGCAGCAACACCAAACGAAACACAACAACCAAGUAACAACAACAACAACAACAACAAGAACGCGACUGUUGUGUGUUCGAAGUUCGUUCAACGUCGCGAGUUUUUGUUUUGUGCACUUUUUUCGGUCGGGUUCCCAGGGCCGAAGAGCAUGGGAAAAACUGGCUAAGGAUACGGCCGAAAAGGCAAAAAUCGGGCAGAACAACAACAGCAAGAACAACAACUAAAACACAAAACGAAAAACUGAGACUGAAACUGGAAGCUGAGCUUCAGCUUCAGCUUUUAGCCUGGGACUGCGCUUUGAUUAAAGCGCGCGCGUUUAAUUUCAUUUUUUACGCUACUCCGCGAAGAAGUUCUGCAACCCUCCUCCUGAACGCCCCGCUCGGCCCCGCUGUGGUGCGGCUCCACCCUUCCAACUAUUUUUCAACAUUUUGCGCUUUGAUUCGCUGUUCACAUUUUGGGGCCCUGGCCAACUAGCUGACUGGCCGACCGACCGACCGACCGACCGACCGGCUGCUUUUGGGCCUGGACACGAUCCGACGACUCCUGCGCUGGCUGGCUCCUUGGGCGCUGCUCAGUACGCCGGCAGCUUUCUCCGUGUGCGUACCAGACAACGCAGCAGCUGUGCGUUAAGUAAACAAAAUAAAUAACAAAAAUUAUAAUACAAAUAAAAAUAAAACAUAAAAGCAUAAAAGUGAAAGAAUCCGUGAGCUCAGGCUUCGCGUCAUCCACGAUGAUCAUUAACUCUCUGUGAACGUUGUUGGCUGAUCGCUGAUCACUGAUCACUGAUCGCUGAUCACUGAUCGCUGCUCGGUCUUCGCGAUGUCGCCCGUGCUCAUUGUAUUCAACAAGUGCGCCUGUCUCUCGCCUCCAGCUUCAAUUUAAAGCUCACUUCACGCCACGUCGAACUGAAAGUAUCUCAGCGCUUGCCGCUUGAUUAAUUCGCUCGUCAGAAAGCUGAAACUUAAUUUAAUAUCGUUUUUUGUUUGUACGUUUUGCGAAAUAUUCAAAUAAGCACAUCUCGUACUCGCACUCAUCGUGGCCGCAAUAAAAAAGGCUUUAACUACCUGCCCAAAUACUGAAACAACUGAAACAACAACAGCAACAACAACAGCAACAGCAACCUAAACAUAAACCAACAACAACACUCGAGACUGGGCCACAUUUGUUUGUUGCCGCUGUUGCGGCUUCGGAGCGAUAUGCGGUUAUUCAUGGUAAUUGCAAUUUUAAUAUUUGCAAUGCCAAUGACGGGAUUCGGUUGGGCCGAGGGCACAAACAUUUUACUCGAUCCAAAUCUAAUGUGCAAAAAGACACGUCGUCUACGUGGCAAGCUGGCCGAAAUCUGCCGGCACGACUCGGCGCUGCUCAAAGAGAUCAUCAAUGGGAUUAAUCUGGGCUUUCGCGAAUGCGAAUUUCAGUUUCGCAAUCGCCGCUGGAACUGCACGGUGCUGCGCAAGAGCAUGAGGAAAAUCCUAAUGCGCGACUCGCGGGAGACGGGCUUUGUGAAUGCCAUAACAGCGGCGGGCGUUACCUACGCGGUGACCAAGGCCUGCACCAUGGGCCAACUGGUGGAAUGCUCCUGCGACAAGUCGCAUAUGCGCCGCAAUGGCGGCCAGCCCCAAAUGGUGAAUGCGGCCACCGCGGAGGCAGCGCUCGAGCGGCAGCAGCAAGCUGCGCUGCUGCGUCAACAGUUGCCAUCACAGCAGCGCGGCCACAACAACAACAACAACAGCAGCAACAACAGCAACAGCAUGACGGAUAUUUCUCUUGGCAGGCAACGCAACAACCAUCGGUUGGGCGGCAGGCGAGGACGCCGCAAGUUCUGGGACAACAUCAAGUUUCCGCAGGGCGAAUGGGAGUGGGGCGGCUGCAGCGACAAUGUCAACUUCGGGCUGCGACAUUCGCGCGCCUUCCUGGAUGCCAAGCAGCGACAGCGACGCAGCGAUCUGGGCACACUGGUCAAGCUGCACAACAACAACGCCGGGCGACUGGCAAUUCGCGAUGCGAUGCGUUUGGAGUGCAAAUGCCAUGGAUUGUCCGGGUCGUGCACGGUGAAAACCUGUUGGUUGAAGAUGCCGCCGUUUCGUGAGAUAUCGGCAAGACUGCGGGAUAGAUACGAUGGGGCGCGCAAGGUGGCGCUACGGAACGACGGCAACAGUUUUAUGCCAGAGACGCCGCACACGAAGCCGGCGAACAAAUACCAGCUGGUCUAUGCGGAUGAUUCCGCAGACUUUUGCACAGCGAACGCGAAGACCGGAGCGCUGGGCACGCAGGACAGGGAAUGCAAUGCCACGUCGAUGGGCCAAGACAGCUGCGAUCUGCUGUGCUGCAGUCGGGGCCACAAGCAUCGUGUGGUUACCGAGUGGACCAACUGCAACUGCGUCUUCAAAUGGUGCUGUGAGGUGACGUGCGAGAAGUGCCUGGAGCAUCGCGAGGUCAACACCUGCCUCUAGAUGGGGCCCUAGCUUCGGCGGCGGGGGUACGGGGUAUGGGUAUUUGGGGUUUCGAUUUCGGCAUAGUCAUGAACAUAUUUGAAAGCUUUCCAUUUCGCGUGAUAAACAACAGUUUGAAACACACAACGUUUUGCUGCAGUCCACAUUUAAGUAUUAACUAACACUAGAGAGUAAAAAAAAACACACAGUAAACGAGUUGAUUUUAGCCAGGCUCUAGGCCAUUCUAGCUGUAAAAACUACUUACGUGUCCUCAAUUGCAUGAACCAUGUAAGCUUGUAAAUAGUCUAAAUAAAAAGCAAUAACAAAAAAUUAAA